CCUAAGAUAUUUAUUUAGAACUUAAUAAGUUUGGUUUUGGUAUUUGUUGCUUCAUAGGGAAAGAAAGACAAAAUCAGUCAACUAAUGAUUUCCAAUGUCUUCCAGACAAUACACUAAUUGAUAAAACUGCACCACAGCCUAAUGAAGUCGAACCGCAUCCACAUCAAUCACCAAUAAAAAAGAAAGGACGAGUGGAAAAUGAUGACAAACAGAGAAGAGUUCGAGGAAUGAACAAGAACAAAAGAGUUGCAGCUCUGAAAAAUGAUGACCGACUAGAAGUAACUUUCUACAAAAAUCGAGCUGUUGGACCUAAUCAUGAGGCUUUUUCAAGACACUUGGGACGGAUUGUUCGUGAUUUUAAUAUUUGUUCUGUUAGAGUUCAUAGUUGGAAGGAAAUUGGAGAACAAGAGAAGAGCCACAUGUGGGCUGCAAUUAAGGAGAAGUUUAAAAAUGAUAAUAUGGAGGAUCACCGUAAAGAUGCACUUUGUCACAUGCGUUCCUUGUGGAAUAAUUGGAGGUCCUUAUUGAAUAGAAAAUAUAUCAAACCGUACAAUAGUGUACAAGACAUUCUAAAGAAAAAACCCAUUGAGAUUCAAGAUCAAGAAGAUUGGGAAUGGCUUGUCAAAAAUCAUUUUCAAGCUUCAUCCUUCAAGGAAAAAAGUGAAAGAAAUUCAAAAAAUAGAAAGCAGCCACGCAUGCCCCAUAGGACCGGAAGCAAACCAAUGCGAGAGAUUGCAUACCAAAUGGUACUAUAACAUAUACCUUUAACAAUUUUCUUACUUUAUACAUAUCAAUAGUUUGUUAGAUAGUGGUUACUCUAAACUUUUCAUUUUAUUUAGGGAGG